AUGCGAAACAAGAGUGGUGGUGUGACGUGCACAUUCACCUGCGCUUGCGACGAUUCCGCAUGUGUGUUGUCUACGGUGACGGAUCUAUCUUCGUACUUACCUGGAAAUAUAACUUACAAAAUGUUAUCCAGACAUCAUUGGACGAGUUUAAUUGUGAUCCUCGGAAGCGCCUCCAUCAUCACGUGCGUGCAAGUCGAAGAUCCAUGCAAGACAAAGUCACGAGUAGUCGCUGACGACAAACAUUGUGACAAAUAUUGGGAAUGCGACAACGGCCAAUCUGUUCAAUAUGACUGCCCUAACGGUCUGGUGUUUGCCGGCAAACACAGAGGGGUGACCGAAGGAUGUGAUUAUCCGUGGAGGUCAAAUUACUGCGAAUAUCCAAAAAUUCAAGCCAACCCGCCUAUCGGGACAGAGCACUGCGACUGGCUGUACGGCAUCUUCGGGCACGAGACCUCGUGCACCAGGUACUGGACCUGUUGGAACGGUACUGCUACAGAACAGCUCUGUAUCGGUGGUCUCCUCUACAAUGAGAACGCCCAUUCUUGUGACUGGCCUGAGAACGUCGAAGGCUGUCAGAAACAUCCCCUCUGUAAUGAGGACCCCAACGGCAACGUACCUCUAGGCAAGUCCUGCAACAGGUACUGGCAGUGCCAGGGUGGGUACCCUCGUCUCCAAAGAUGCCCCGCCAUGCUGGUCUUUGAAAGAAGGUCUCUGAGGUGCGUGGUACCGCCUACUGAGGAGUGUGAUAUCCCUACAACUACUGCGCCGCCACCAGAAGAGGAAACCCCGCAGGAAGUGAGACAGCCUCAUCAAAGCAAGCGGCCAAGCCAAGAGUUUAAAGAAAACCGCCCAAGACCUAGAAAUUAA